UUGGAGAGAUCAGACAUUGCUGUGUGGAUGUUUCGCUCUCUCGGUGGCCAUCAUGUCUUUGACUUCUGCCUAUCAGCAUAAAUUAGCAGAAAAGCUCACCAUCCUGAAUGACAGAGGUCAGGGGGUUCUCAUUCGUAUGUAUAACAUCAAGAAGACUUGUUCAGACCCCAAAUCCAAGCCACCUUUCUUACUGGAAAAGUCCAUGGAAUCAUCUCUUAAGUACAUCAACAAGAAAUUUCCCAACAUUGAUGUCCGCAACAGCACGCAACAUUUAGGACCAGUGCAUCGGGAAAAAGCUGAGAUUAUUAGAUUCCUCACCAACUACUAUCAGUCGUUUGUGGAUGUCAUGGAAUUUCGGGAUCAUGUAUAUGAACUUCUCAACACCAUUGAUGCCUGCCAGUGCCAUUUUGAUAUUAGUCUCAACUUUGACUUCACUCGAAGUUACCUGGACUUGAUCGUGACUUACACCUCAGUUAUUUUACUUCUGUCGAGAAUUGAGGAUCGACGGGUACUAAUUGGCGUGUACAACUGUGCCCAUGAGAUGCUGCAUGGGCACAGUGACCCCAGUUAUCCCCGCCUGAGUCAGAUGGUCUUGGAGUAUGACCAUCCUCUGAAGAAACUGACAGAGGAGUUUGGGCCUCACACAAAGUCUGUGAGUGGAGCUCUCCUCUCUUUGCACUUCCUCUAUGUCAGAAGGAACCACGGGGCUGAGCAAUGGCGCAGUGCCCAGCUUCUAAGCCUAAUCAGCAGCCCUCCUGCCAUGAUUAACCCUGCUACUUCAGACACAAUGGCCUGUGAAUACCUCUCUGUGGAAGUGAUGGAGCGCUGGAUUAUCAUUGGGUUUCUUCUCUGUCAUGGGUGCCUCAACUCCAAUACCCAGUGCCAGAAGCUGUGGAAACAGUGUCUGCAGGGCUCCCUGUACAUCACCCUCAUCCGGGACGAUGUGCUGCAGGUGCACAAGGUCACCGAGGACCUGUUUAGCAGUUUUAAAGGGUAUGGCAAGCGAGUGGCAGACAUAAAGGAAAGCAAGGAACAUGCAAUUGUGAACAGUGGCCAGUUCCACUGUCAAAGACGCCAAUUCCUGCGGAUGGCAGUGAAGGAGCUAGAGACUGUGUUAGCUGAUGAACCAGGACUGUUGGGCCCCAAGGCUCUAUAUGCUUUCAUGGCCCUCUCCUUCAUUCGUGAUGAGGUCACCUGGCUGGUUCGCCACUCAGAAAAUGUCACCAAGACAAAGACACCUGAGGACUACACUGACUCGAGCAUUGCAGAACUGCUUUUCUUGUUGGAGGAGAUCAGGGCCCUGGUCCGAAAACACAUCAAAGUGAUACAGCAAUACCACCUUCAGUACCUGGCCAGAUUUGAUGCUCUUGUGCUCAGUGACAUCAUUCAAAACCUGUCCGUGUGUCCUGAGGAAGAGUCCAUUAUCAUGUCCUCAUUCGUCAGUACUCUCUCUUCUUUGAAUCUCAAACAAGUUGAUAAUGAAGAGAAAUUUGAAUUCUCUGGAUUGAGGCUGGACUGGUUCCGUCUACAGGCAUACACCAGUGUGGCUAAGGCUCCCCUGCACCUGUAUGAGAACCCUGACCUAGCCAAGGUGAUGAACCUCAUUGUCUUUCACUCCCGAAUGCUGGACUCAGUAGAGAAAAUGCUUGUGGAAACUUCUGACUUGUCUACUUUCUGCUUUCAUCUCCGUACCCUUGAGAAGAUGUUCACUAUGACCCUGGAGGAACCUUCAAUGUUGCGUUAUGCCAUUGCCUUCCCCCUGAUUUGUGCUCAUUUUGUUCACUGCACUCAUGAGAUGUGCCCGGAGGAGUACCCCCACCUGAAGAACCAUGGCCUUCAUCAUUGCAACUCCUUCCUGGAAGAGUUGGCCAAGCAGACCAGUAACUGUGUCCUGGAGAUCUGUGCUGAGCAGCGAAACUUGAGUGAACAGCUUCUGCCCAAGCACUGUGCCACUACUAUCAGCAAGGCCAAGAACAAGAAAAUUGUGAAGCAGAAGCAGACUCCCAAAAAAGGAGAACCUGAGCGAGACAAGCCAGGAGCUGAAAGUCACCGAAAGAAUCGCAGCAUUGUCACCAACAUGGACAAACUACAUGUAAACUUGACAGAAUUGGCACUGACAAUGAAUCAUGUAUUCAGUUUCUCUGUAUUUGAACACACUAUCUUCCCUUCUGAGUACCUCAGCAGCCAUCUGGAGGCCAGAUUCAACAGAGCCAUUGUGUGGCUGGCUGGCUACAAUGCCACGACCCAGGAGAUUGCAAGGCCUUCUGAGCUAUUGGCUGGAGUCAAAGCAUACAUCAGUUUCAUACAGUCCCUGGCCCAGUUUUUGGGUGCAGAUGUUUCCAGGGUCAUUCGCAGUGCCCUUCUGCAACAGACACAGCCACUGGACUCAAGUGGGGACCAGACGAUCACCACUCUCUACACAAAUUGGUACCUAGAAAGUCUGCUUAGACAGGCGAGCAGUGGGACCAUCAUCUUCUCCCCAGCCAUGCAGGCCUUCGUCAGCCUUCCCAGAGAGGAGGAGCAACCCUUCAGUGCAGAGGAGUUCUCUGACAUCUCUGAGAUGCGAGCCUUGGCUGAACUCUUGGGCCCCUACGGUAUGAAGUUCCUGAGUGAAAACCUGAUGUGGCAUGUGACCUCUCAGAUUGUGGAGCUGAAGAAGUUGGUGGUGGAGAACAUGGAUGUGCUUGUUCAGAUCCGAUCUAACUUCAGCAAGGCAGACUUGAUGGCUUCUCUGCUGCCCCAGCUGACAGGGGCUGACAAUGUGCUGAAGCGCAUGACCAUCAUCGGAGUUAUCCUCAGUUUUAGGGCCACGGCACAAGAGGGACUUAGGGAGGUUUUCUCCUCCCACUGCCCAUUUCUUAUGGGUCCCAUCGAGUGCUUGAAGGAGUUCGUCACUCCAGACACAGACAUCAAGGUGACCCUGAGUAUCUUUGAGCUGGCAUCUGCUGCAGGAGUGGGCUGUGACAUUGACCCAGCCCUGGUGGCUGCUAUUGCUAAUCUGAAAGCUGAUAUGUCAUCCCCUGAGGAAGAAUAUAAGGUGGCCUGCCUGCUCUUGAUCUUUCUUGCAGUUUCCCUCCCACUCCUUGCCUCAGAUCCUUCUUCCUUCUAUAGCAUUGAGAAGGAUGGUUACAACAACAAUAUACACUGCUUGACCAAAGCCAUCAUCCAGGUGUCUGCUGCCCUCUUCACACUCUAUAACAAGAACAUUGAGACUCACCUUAAGGAAUUUCUGGUGGUGGCUUCUGUCAGCCUCCUACAUCUGGGCCAGGAGACUGACAGGAUUAAAACCAGAAAUCGGGAAUCCAUUUCUCUGCUCAUGCGCUUGAUGGUGGAGGAGUCCUCCUUCCUGACCCUAGACAUGUUGGAGUCCUGUUUCCCUUAUGUCCUGCUUCGAAAUGCCUAUCGGGAGGUAUCUCGGGCCUUCCACCUGAACCGAGUGCUGGCCAGUACCCACUGAAGGGCCCUUUGGGACUGCCUAAACUCAUGCCAUCCUGGAAGCUGUGGUCAUUUUCUUAAGGGGUGUGAAUGGGGUGGGGUCUAGGGCCAGAGCAGAGGAACAGGCAUAUGGACAAACAGUCCAGGACUGAGAAAUCAUAGAGAACUGAGGCAGGCUAGGGGGAUGGAGGACAGUUGAUAGGAAAAGUUGGGGGCCUGGGGCCAAGUCUGAAUUUUUAUAACAAAAAAAAAACAAGUGAUGUACAAAUAUGUUUCCUAUCUCCUGUGACUAGAGCUUGAGCUCCGACUGGCAUGGACCUCUCCGACCUUCAUCACUAUUCUAGGAUAAUGCUGGCGGGCAGAGAUGAUCAAUCAUCAUAUUAAACCAUAAUGAGCUUAUAAUCCUCCCAUUGGAGCUGCUAUUGUCUCCUGCACAUUUAUUAGGACAAUUAUCUCCUCUCUUCUUUUUUCCCAAAUGUAUUCAGCAAACAUUCAGCCUGCUCCUACUGCAAAGUCGUAGCAAAGGACCCCUUUUCUUUUCUUUGUGGGAGCACUUUUAGGAGUCAUAGGUCUCUUCCUCUGCCUCCAGCUAUAUUGUCUAUAGGGGUAAUGAGAAAGUACUCUUGAGAGAUUUUCACUGCCCCAAACCGUUUCACCUGCCCCACCACCUUGGGGGUAACAAGUAAGUUCUCUCAUCUGUUUAACUUUCACCCCUCCUGCCUUUUCUCUGACAUCAGCAGAAUCCAGAGCAGAGGGUCACAAGGUCACAAGACAAAUAAUUAGAGCAGAGUCAUGUGGUUUCCUUCCUGGACCAUUUGAGGUACUCCUCCUUCUAUCUGGAAGGACUAAUUUAACCCCAACCCCCUUGUCAUCCUGGGUGCAGCUCUUGCUCCAGGCAGGGAUUUCUCUUGUAGAUCUUAAAUUUCAUAGACCUCAUUAGGCUGUAGGGACCUGAGAGUGGGUAUACUUGAGGGAGUACAAGUUGUUUCAACUUAGCCCUUUUCUGUGCUAAUUAGAAUUUCAAGUGUCACAAAGCCUGGGGCAUUCAAGAUAGCACUAAACUGGGUUUAGUUAAUUCCAUGGCAGGAAGCAGUGGCCUUCAUCCAUCUCUUCUGUGCACCUACUGGCAGGGAAGCUGCAGCAACAGAUCAUGUAUGUCACAGGUUUAGAGUGGUUGGAAUGGGCAAAUAGAAUUAACUAGUUGAUUAGUCAGGGUCAUGUUCAUACUUCCAUAAUAAAACGAAGCAAUUGUUGAUUUUCAGCAAAACCGUCUGGUCUUCAUUAAAGCUAUUUAAUAACUGUU